GAGAGUACCUGCGGAGCGAAUAGCGGGCGACCAUCCGACGUCAAGCUGGAUAAUUCAAUCGUAAACCGUUACCUUAGCGUGGCUGAUGACGAGUUCGUCUGGGUGGUAGAUCAGGACAUUCGGGAGUUCAUCGAGAAGGCGAACCAAAAAAGCGUACUAAUCUUCCCACCGGUGAACAACUAUCGGCGGUUCCUGAUCCACAAGGUGUGCGAGAGUCUCGCCGCGGACCAUGAGCUGGUAACGUUCUCGAUCGGUGUCGGCUGCGAACGGCGCACGGUGGUCUGCUAUCGUCAUCAGCUGCUGCGGGACGUCAAGGCGACUUCGAGCAAGAGUUUCGAAGAAUCAACCGAAAGCGCUCACCAGAGCUGGCGAAGUACGACCGUCGGACCGGCGGUUGUAGCGACGAGUACCUGUUCUACGGCGGCGGCGGCAGCGACUGUCAGUGUUGCCAGUAGCUGUAACAAUAGUAAUUGUAGUGCUUCAACGAACAGUAACAGCGGUGGGGCUUCUAUAGUGAGUGGUAGUAGUGUGAAUAGUGGUACAGGUACAAGUGGCAAGAAACGUGCGAAACGUGACCCGACGACCUCGGUGGUUAAUGCUGGAGGUACCGCCAGCAGCAGUGCUAGCAGCGGUGAUAGCAAUAGCAAAAUGGGUGUAGAAGCGGCUGCCGUUAAUCAUCAGCUUCAUCAUCACAACAACCAUGGUCAUUAUUUCGGUGCUGGCAAUGACUACGGAUCGCUCAAAGGCUCGCCUUUGGCCUCAUCACCACCAUCGGCCGUUAAGUUUUCAACUGUAGGAAUCUACCGGCCACCGGCCGCUCGAAAAGCGCUCAAAUUUUCCGAGAGCGCCAUCCAACUUGCACCGCCAGCAGCCGGUGAUAAUCCCAACGAAUACAAUCACUACCAUCCUCAUCCCACACCUCUUCCUGCUCCUGCUCCUCCUCCUCCUGCACAGCAGCAUGUAAGUACAAAAUCUGCUUCGGAGGAAACUGUUGUAGACCCGCCCCCCAAACCGCCUCCACCAGCGACAGGUGGAUCAAAAUCACCUUGUAAACCUACUGCCGGUAGCGUCGCAAGUAGGGCAACGCUAGGAGAAACAGGUUGCGAUAGUCGUACUACACCAAAGCCAACAAAAGUGAUAACAACUACUGGUCUAAGUAAAUUGCCGGUAGCAGAUGCAACUCCAUCGCCAGUAGAAGCAACAGACAGUAACAACAACAGCAACAAUACUGACAGUAGUAACGGCAACGAACAACCACUUGUUGCUGCGGCAGCAGCUAGUCAAGGAAAUCAAACCGCAAGCAGUACUACCACUACAACUAGACCCGCCCGUCCGCCCCGAGAGCGACGACCGGACCGUGCCGUAUACAUUCCGCGCGCCCGUCGGAGUCUAACUACACCACCGGUAACCGUUCCCAGUCAGCAAACAAUCACCAGUGCUUCCACUAACGCAACCAGUCCACCGAUAGCCACUUCACCGCCGUCGGAGUCCACUACCGGUAGUCUUUCGGCCUUCGCUACCCCACUCAGUUCUCCGCCCAAGGCGGCGGCAUCGUCCAGCUGCAAGAAAGAACGUUCCACCCAGCAAGCUUCCAGCGGCGAGAAAGAACGCAAACCAAAAGCAAAGGACAAGCCACCCCCGGACAACGGCACGAACGUCAACUCUGUGAUAGAGAAUCAUCGAAAAACCAUCAGCGAUUCAGCUGCCCAAGUCGAAUGCGCUUGUUCCGUAGGCUUCAAAAACCGUAGUCAUAGCGUAGACGAAACUACACCGACAACCGGAACCAAUCCGGAGACUGUAAAGCUCAAAAAGCAAAAAUCUGAAGAAGUUCCUCGAGAGAACGUAGACGAAGACUGUGAUUUCGUAUCGAAAGCCGAGCGGAAGAAGGAGCGGAAGGAACCGCGCUCGAACGGUAGCAUUUUAGCGGAACUGAACGGAAGUACAAAUCCGAAAGCGGUGGACAACAUGAACAAGUCCAACCGAAAUCGUACCUCCAAGGGCAAUGCGGCGGCAUUGAUUAUCAACGAUAAGGUGGUUCCAGAUGUUUCGGAUAAGAUCGAUAAAGAUGAAAAAGAACUGCGAAGGGCCUCGCUGGAGAUCAACAGAAGCAACCGAAGGCUUAUCAAACAAUCGUUCGCUUCUGAUGUGCUGGAAAUUGCCGAACAGGAAUCUUCGACAGGGGAGAAGGUCAAUGGUCAGACGAAGACAGACGCUGAGCGGCUAGUUAAUCCCGAAGAGGAUGAUUGGGAAACGAUGUACGACGACAAUGGAGAUUGCCUAAAUCCGAAGCUGAUGGAAGAGUUGACAACGGCGGUGGGGAAGGUAUCGAUCGAAAUCCCUCGUUCGGAUUAUAAGCUAUAUCAAUCGAAACAAGCCGCCCUGAACGAGGAAGAAUUUCCACACGUGCUGGAAGUGUCCAACUUCCCGGUGGAAUUUAAAACGCAGGAUCUCAUGAUGCUAUUCUCGCAGUACAAAGAGUCCGGUUUCGAUAUCAAAUGGGUUGACGAUACGCACGCCCUAGCGGUAUUCAGUAGUUCCAAAAUCGCGGCCGAAGUUCUUGCCAAUGGCCACGCCUUUGUCAAGCUAAAACCACUGGCCGAAGCGACAGUCGAAUCCCGUACCAAGGCUCGCAAGUGCUCCAGUUCACUGCAACCGUACCGACCACGACCGGAGACCUGUGCUGCCCUGGCUCGGCGGCUCGUAACGACAGCCCUCGGUGUUCGGCUGAAAACUGCCCCCGAAGAACGUGAAAACGAAAAGCGUGUCCUUCGAGAAGCCAAGGAACGCAAACUACUUGCUGCCAAACAACGCGAAGAAAUCUGGGAAAGCUAAAACAAAGGUCCACAUUCACCGCACCAUCCGAAGGACGGUGCAUUCUUUCGAUUGCAUUCGCUGCCAUAGUUAUUGUGAGUUACCUGCCGCGAUAGAUCUCCAAAAAUUGGGAUCACAAAAUAAUCCAAUUGGUGUACUCUGUGCUGCAAAGGCUUUUACCCGUGGUCGCGAUUUUAUAGGUUGUGCAACUGUCCAGCGGCAGUCACUAUAUAGGAGCAUCUCAAUGUCCUAUUUGUGUUAUGGAAGGAAGAUAGGGGCUUAAGUGUAGAACCAGGAACCAUUUCAACCAAUCUCAUGAAAGCAAAUGAGAGAACAAAAAGCAGAUAAGAUUGAAAGUAUAUUUAAUAAUUAUUGUACUGUGUAGAUUGUAAACUUGUACAAGUGCAAGUGCGAACGUUGAGAAUGUUUAUUUACAGGAUUUUAUCAUAACGCGAUUCCUAAUGUAAAAACAAUAUAGAGUGUAAUUUUACUGUGGAUAAAAAGUUUAAGGAAAACGUAUGAGAACUGGAAAAUAGAAAGUUUCCGCAGUUGAUAACAUUUGAUUGAUUUAUCCGAAAUUUACUGAAGCAGCAGGUGUAUCUUUUAGGAAAUUGUUUAAAUUUUAGACUGACCAGAAAUAGCAGUCCAAGUCAAAGACAGUGUAACAUAUUAAUCAAACAACUAUUAUUGUAACAUGGGGCAACCAA